AUGCCUCGCCGCCAGCUUCAGAAGUCCGACCGGAUCGUCAUUGUUGGCGCCGGCGUGUUCGGACUGAGUACUGCCCUCCACCUUGCUAUCCGUGGCUACAAGAAUGUCACUGUCUUUGACCGGCACGACUAUGACGCCUCAAAAUAUGCCUACCGGUCUGGAGCCGAUUCGGCUUCUUCUGAUACGAACAAAAUCAUCCGCUCUGCAUACGGGUCGGCUGUCGAAUACCAGGAUCUCUCCAAAGAGGCGAUCGAGUGGUGGACCGCGUGGAAUGAAGAACUUAAGGGCGGAAAGGAUCUCCCGCCGGGCUUGAGUUCAUCGGACCGGGUAUAUAUCAACAACGGGACGCUGGCGUUCACUGACAAGGACGAAAUGCCCACCUUUGAACUCGAUACGAUCCGCAACAUGAGGGCCGCCGGCUUGGGUGCAACGCAGCUGAUUACUACCAACCCUGAGGACGUCAAGGCUGCAGACCAUCGGGGUUGGGGAUACGGGAUUGACCCUUUUCGCCGCAAGGAAAGGGGAAAAGCCAAUGUCGGCGUGCUCGACACUACCGGCGGCGUGGUCGUGGCUGACAAAGCUUGCCGCUUCGCUUUACACAAAGCCCGGGCGCUGGGGGUCAAGUUUGUGUUCGACGCACGAGCGGGCGCAUUCGAGACCUAUUGGCAUGACAAGGACGGAAAGGUGGUGGGCGUAAAGACACAAGAUGGCCAAAGGCAUCCGGCGGACAAGGUUGUGAUGGCUUGUGGAGGCUGGACGCCGUCCCUCGUGCCUCAGCUCGAUGGUCUUUGCGAGACGACGGCGGGCUCCAUCAUCAUGUUGAAGAUCCCGCGAGACUCGCCGCUCUUUGACCGAUUCGCCCCCGAGAGGUUUCCCAGUUAUAUGUGGAAGCUGUGGGACGGACCCGAGGGCGGUCUGUACGGCUUCCCCCGCGACGAUCAAGGGUGGAUGAAGAUCGGGUACCGGGGCACAAAGUACACCAACCCGCAGGUUCAACCGGACGGCCGGGUGCGCAGUGUCCCCAUCACGAGGUACACGCCUGGCGAAAAGGUCACGCACAUUCCGCGGAAGGCCAUGCAGGUGUUCAAGCGCUUCCUGGCCGAGUACCUGCCGGAGCUGGCCGAGCACGGGAUCGGCAUCGAGCUCACGAGGCUCUGUUGGUACACGGAUUCCUUCGACAACCACUACGUGGUCGACGACGUCCCGGGUCAAGACGCCACGGUCAUGGUCGCCACCGGCGGGUGCGGACACGCUUUCAAGUACCUGCCGAACCUGGGAAAGUGGAUCGUCGACAUCAUGGAGGGAGUCGGCUCGGAGCGUACUCUCGUCCAGCGCUGGCGGUGGAGGGCAUUGCAGCCCGGGACCGAGCCUUUCAACGUCUUGAUGCAGGGCAGUACCAGUCCGGCUGCUAUCAAGAAUGUUUCGUGGUCGAAAGAUAGCGACCUGAAACCGGCGGGUAGCGGUCCACGCUUGUAG